CGCGGAGAUGGCUGACAUAUCUCGGAAAUGAUGAACACGAGAGCAAUUAUGCUUCGUGGUUGACGAAAUAGUGUUGGUUUACCCUGGGUUCACUGGUUUGGCUGGCGUAGCCCACGUGGACAGCCUCAUGGAACGAGCGACUCGAUCUCCGCUAUUUCUCCGCGCAGGGCUGCAAGUCCGCUUUCUGUCCCGCUCGUUCCUGAGGGGAAACGCAGGGAACCGCGAUAUGGCGGGCCCACAUGAGCAAUGGCGCUAGUGGAAGAGCUAUCACCGCAGCUCUAUUGCGUUGCAACAAUUUUUCUGUUUCCAUUAAACAGAAGAGAUUGCCACACAUCACAAGCUGGAUCAAGUGAAGCAUCGAAUCCAUCAAGUAAUACCCAGUCCUUGCAUUGGAAAAUGUCGUCCAAGCAAUACCAGUUCUGCGCCUACGUCGAUCCAGCUCUCGGAGUCGAGCGUAUCGGAAGCUUGGACGGAGAUCAGAUCCAGCCUCUGGCUUACCCUUCGGGCACACCACUCUCGAACCUUUAUGAAGUAAUCAGCCUGGACGAGUCGACCAUAAUUCCAUUUUCAGAGCCACUGUCCCGCAACACAGUCCGGCUCCUUGCUCCCAUCAAUGGCCGAGACAUUCUGUGCGUAGGCAAGAACUACGCAGAACAUGCAAUCGAGUUCAACAAGUCCGGGUUCGACAGCUCGGACAAAGCGGACCAACCCACCCAUCCAGUCAUCUUCACCAAGCGUUUCACAUCCAUCAUUGCAGACGGUGAAGAAAUCUUGCCUCAUCCAGAUUUCACACAGAGCGCAGAUUUCGAGGGCGAACUUGGCGUGAUAAUCGGCAGGCCUGGAUUCCAGAUCUCGGAACAGGAUGCCAUGAAACAUGUCUGGGGCUACACUAUCGUCAAUGAUAUGACAGCCCGAGAAAGGCAACGAGACCAUAAGCAAUUCUAUAUCGGGAAGUCUCCAGACACUUAUUGCCCAAUGGGUCCGGUGGCCAUUCCUGCGAAUCGCUUCACGGGUGCACUCCGUGUACAGACCAGAGUCAAUGGUGACCUGCGGCAAAAUGCGACGACUGAUAAUCUGAUCUUCAGCAUUCCUUAUCUCAUCAAGACGAUGUCUGAAGGACAAACCCUGAUGCCAGGAGACGUCUUGGCCACAGGCACACCCGCUGGCGUUGGCAUCGGUCGAACCCCACCGGUAUACCUCAACCCCGGAGAUGAAGUUGCAGUCUCAAUCGAAGGGUUGGGCACCCUCACUAAUAGAAUCGCCUCGAAGUCUGCCGCCAACCCAACUCUGCAGCGUGUGCAACAGAACCAACUCAAGGCGCUGCCAGUAGCGAACGCCGGAAAGAGCUUGAAUGCGAAAGUAGGGCUAACGGACAUUGGAGGAAAGCCUCUGAAUGUUCUACGCCGUGGUGCAGAAAACGGUCCACCAGCUGUCUUCGUCCAUGGCCUUGGCGGUACGGCGGAUUACUGGACACCUCUCAUUCAAGCCGCCGGCCUAGACAAAAGCCAUGCACUGCACCUGUUCGACUUCGAAGGCCACGGCCAAUCGCCCACAUCGCCGCUAUCGACCAUCACCAUAGCCUCACUCGCAACCGAUCUGAAAAACGUCUUCCAGAAUGCUGGGAUUGCCCCCGGCUCCGAUGCCACGCUUUUCGCACACUCAAUGGGCUGCAUCGUGGCGAUAAGAUUCGUCUUGGACAACCCACAGCUGGUCAAGAAACUCAUCCUCGUCGGGCCUCCGCCGAUCCCGCUUCCAGAAGCCGCAAGCAAGAAUAACAAAGCGCGUGCUACGCUCGUGCGGCAGAAGACAAUGGCUGGCGUCGUGGACGCUGUUGUCGGAGCUGGAACUUCCGCCAAGACACAAUCAGAGAAUGGUCUUGCAAUAAGCGCCGUGCGCAUGUCGCUUCUGGCACAAGAUCCUGAGGGAUAUGCGAAAGCGUGCGAUGCGCUGGCUGGUGCUACAGAGUCUCUGGAUCUAUCUGCGAUUUCCGCUGACACGCUGAUUGUAACGGGUUCAGAGGAUAAGGUCAGCCCUCCGGCACUUUGCCAGGGCUACAGCGAGAAGCUGAAGAACAGCAAGGGUGUCGUUGUCUUACAGAAUGUUGGCCAUUGGCAUGUUUUCGAAGAUGUCCAAGGUGUUGCCAAUAGUCUCAAAGCAUUCUCGUAGAGUAGCAUGUCCCGCACUAUUGGGCAGACACAUCUCGGGGAAGACCACCAGGGCACCCGUCCCUGCACCGUGCAAUCGGCAUCUUAGUGCGUGUGCUGUAGGUCUCUUCGAGUCAAGGGCUUUCCAAGAGCUGUUAUCAUGCGUCUCCACACUCCCACUUACUUCCACAUGCCAUUUGUACUGC